AGAUCAAACACAGCUGACCUCUGACCCCUCUGAGCAGCCAAUCACAGCAGGCCGAGAGAGCGAGCCUCACUGGGCAGAUUGACUUCAUCCUGACGCUUUCGCUGAUCCACCAUCAGGACAAAUCUUCCGAGUCCUGACUGGAAACCUGAUGAGUGAAGGUUUCAGUAGCUGAUCCAACAGUUGUGGUCUAUUGGUGGCUGUUUUCUGCCUGUUACUGGAAACACACAGCUGGUUAAAGUUAUCCACAGAAGGACACUUAAACAGGUGUGAAGACGCAGUGGAAACUCAGAUUUACCUGUCAGCUUUGUUUGCUGUGAGAUCUCGCAGAACACCGACAUGACGACUCAUUCAACGCAGUGUUCCUCGGCAACUCUCUGCCACUCGCUGUCCGAUGAUGAUGAGAUGGGCGGAGCUCAGGGGGUGGAGCUGCGACUUGUGACAUCAGAAGAAGAUGAAACAGAGGCGGGGCCUAUUAGUGAUGUCACAGCGUUGGUGCUGAGGCAUCGCCAUGGUUACCGUAGAGCUGGCAUGCUGCUGUGUGCAUGUGGAGUCAUCGUGUUCACCGCUGCAUUCCUAUUGGCCUACGGCGUGCUGAGUGGGCGGUACCACUGCUCCCAGUUGGGGGACCAGGACGAGGAGCAGCAGAGGGGUGGGGCUAAUUCACUUGCAGGGGGAGGGGCGGGGCUUUACCUGGGAGAGCUGAGGGUGAUGAUGAGGAGGCUGCUGCAGGACGAAGACAUCCACAACACAGUCAGUCGGGUGAGCAGAGCUCCUCAUCCUCCGGGUUCUUCAGAGGGAACCGCUCUGGCCUCGGAGAUCCUCCAUCGCUUCCAGCAGCUGCAGAUGGACCACACCUGGACCGAGUCUCUGUACGCCACGUUGCAGUUCCCUGACAGGACUCAGAGGAGCUCUCUGCGGCUCGUGGACUCUGCAGGUCUGAUCUUGGAGCAGAUUUCUCUGAACCUGUCAGACUUCUGUCCGUACAGCGCCACAGGAACCACCAUGGGGGGCGUGGUCUAUGCCAACUAUGGCCGUCAAGCCGACUUCAAUUGGCUGAAGAGUGCAGGCGUGUCCGUGACUGGCUGUGUGGUGGUGAUGCGUGUUGGGGGCGGGGUCAGUUUUGCUGAGAAGGUCUGGUUAGCUGAGAGGAACGGAGCCGGGGGAGUUUUGAUCUACCCCGACCCUGCCGACCUGCCACAGGACCCCCGCCGCCUCGGACUCAACACACACACCGCCGUGUCUGAGCAUGUACACCUGGGGUCAGGUGACCCCUUCACCCCCGGCUUCCCCUCCUUCAAUCACACUCAAUUCCCGCCUAUCCAGUCCUCCGGCUUGCCGUUCAUCCCUGCCCUGCCAAUCACUGCUACCAUUGCUGCCAAGCUACUCAGCCAGCUGUCAGGUGCGUCCUGUCCACCGUCAUGGCGAGGUCGGCUGCCGUACGUCCGCUGUGUGGUUGGACCAGAGUUGAACGCUGGACGCAGAGUCCAGCUGUCAGUGCACAACAAGAUGAUGCCAAUUCUGCUGAACAACAUCUUCUCAUCACUGGAGGGCCGAGUCGAGCCAGACCAGUACAUCAUACUGGGAGCUCAGAGGGACUCACUGGGUCCAGGAGCAGUGAAGUCAGGAGUUGGAACGGCGAUCCUGCUGGAGUUGGCUCGGACCUUCUCUGUCAUGGUGAAGAACGGUUUCAAUCCCAGACGCAGUUUGCUCUUUGUCAGCUGGGACGCCGGAGAGUUUGGGAACGUCGGUGCGACUGAAUGGCUCGAGGGUUACCUGUCCAUGCUCCACCUGAAGGCUGUGGCCUACUUCAGCCUGGACCAGGCCAUCAUGGGUGACGAUGUCCUGUCGGCCUACACCAGUCCUCUGCUGGUCGACCUGCUGGAGGCUGCCAUCAGACAGGUGGAACAUCCUAAACAUGCCGGUCAGACCAUCUACAGUCAGGCUGAGAGAGAAGGAGGCAGCUGGAGGAUUGUGAAGCCUCUGUAUCUGAACAGUGGAGCCUACAGUUUCACGGCGUUCGCAGGAGUCCCAGCCAUGGAGCUCAGAUUCACCGAGGAGCGAGCGUAUCCGUUCGUCAACACGCCGUUGGACAGCGCGUCCCGCCUGCAGGAGGUGCUGGGGGGUCGUCUGGGGGUGACGGGGCGGAGCGUGGGGGAGCUGGUGGGGGAGAUGGUGCUGCGAUUGGCCCAUGACCACAUCCUGCCGCUACGCAUCACUUCCUACGCCCAGACGGUGCUGCAGUUCAGCGCUCAGCUCAACAGACACUCUGCUGAGCUGCAGUCCAGAGGUUUGUCCCCUCAGUGGGUCUUCAGCGCCAGAGGAGACUACAGCCGAGCUGCAGAGAUGCUGCAGAGAGCCAUCGACUACAGCGACCUGCACGACCCGACCACCGCACGCUUCUACAACACCCGCAUCAUGAAGGUGGAGUACUACUUCUUGUCUCAGUAUGUGUCGGCGGUGGAGACACCGUUCCGUCACGUGAUCCACGGCCGCGGCAACCACACUCUGAGCGCGCUCACUGAGCACCUGGGCCUGCUGACCUCCGACCCCAAGCGCUUCGACGAGCGACGCUUCAGGAGGCAGCUGGCUCUGUUCACCUGGACGCUGCAGGGCGCUGCCAACGCUCUGAACGGAGACGUGUGGAGAGUACACAACGCACACAGCCACUGAUACACAACGCACACAGCCACUGAUACACAACACACACAGCCACUGAUACACAACACAGUCACUGACACACAACACACACAGCCACUGAUACGCAACACACACAGCCACUGAUACACAACACACACAGCCACUGAUACACAACACACACAGCCACUGAUACACAACGCACACAGCCACUGAUACACAACACAGCCACUGAUACACAAUGCACACAGUCACUGACACACAACGCACACAGCCACUGAUACACAACGCACACAGCCACUGAUACACAACACAGUCACUGACACACAACACACACAGCCACUGAUACACAACACACACAGCCACUGAUACACAACACACACAGCCACUGACACACAACACACACAGCCACUGACACACAACACACACAGCCACUGACACACAACACACACAGCCACUGACACACAACACACACAGCCACUGAUACACAACGCACACAGCCACUGAUACACAACGCACACAGCCACUGAUACACAACGCACACAGCCACUGAUACACAACACAGUCACUGACACACAACACACACAGCCACUGAUACACAACACACACAGCCACUGAUACACAACGCACACAGCCACUGAUACACAACACAGUCACUGACACACAACACACACAGCCACUGAUACACAACACACACAGCCACUGAUACACAACACACACAGCCACUGAUACACAACACACACAGCCACUGAUACACAACACACACAGCCACUGAUACACAACACACACAGCCACUGACACACAACACACACAGCCACUGACACACAACACACACAGCCACUGACACACAACACACACAGCCACUGACAGACAGCACACAUGAUGUGUAGAAACAGAUGAAUCUAUUAAAAUGUAACAGUUUUUAUCAGUGAUUUUGUAAAAACACAUUUUAUUAAAAGCAUCUUUAGGUUGAUGCAUUUGUUUUGUUUCCUCUUUGACCUGCUUUUUCAUUUUCUUUUAACUUUAUUUCGACCUGGACCACAAUAAGAAUUCAAUAAAACCAUUAAAAGGCAAAGUGAGUAAAACUUUAAUAAUAUGAAUUCAUGCAUUUAAGAUUCAAAACCGAAUGAAGCAACUAAAAGAACAGCCACUGGAAGUUACAUUUGAUUAAAUGAUAUGCCUAAACUGCACCGAGGAUUAAAACAAGGAAUGCUUUAGAUUGUCGGUUUUUUCCAGUUUGCAGCUGCACAGUGUGAAAAUGGGGUUUACAGGCUCAAUAAAAAGAAAGUUACAGAAACGUACUGAUUUAUUAAAAUGUUAACACACACAUACAUCCGUCUGACUGUGGUUUUUCACAGAUGUAAUUAUGACAGAGGAGUCUGUUAAAAUCCCACUAACAGGAAGUUUUGCUUGUCAUACAUCAGCUGAAUGUUUUUAUGCAGUAAAUCAGUACUAUUUAUAUCAUCUCCAGCGUAUUCAACUUUCUAUUCUGUGACGAUAUUGCUAACAUGAUAUUAAUGCCAAUAAAGCAUAUUGAAGUGAAUAAUCUGUGUUAAUCUGAAUGUAUUCAACCACACAACAUGUACUGUGAAACUUCAAAAUCACACAAAUAAAAUCCUCAACAAUUCAACUAAA